CUAGUGCAGAAACCAUCUGCCUAACUAAUGAGUGGAUCAGAUCCUGUUGAUGAUAGAGCAGACAAUAGAAGUCUUACACGUGCAGAUGCACUAAGGGUUCCGCACGUGUUCAGGACCUUGGACGAGGGAGAAGAAAGACGGCUUCGUGCCGAACGUAGAGCCCGUGCUCUAGCAGCAGGACUACAGGAAGCAAACAGAGUAGCAAGAGAGCUGGCAACAGCAGCCAGAGCAACAGCAAUGGCUAACAGUACCAGCUCUGCUGCGUCAUCGUCUGCGUCCUCGUCAGGGAAUAGUGGGACUCAGUUGGGAAUGCCAACGAGUUCUACAAGUUCCUCGGGCACUUCCGGUUCAACAAGGUCUAGACAGUCUUCUAGUCAAAUGGCGGGCUUGCAGUUCAGCCCGUUGACCCCGCGUGAGAGGGAGCUCAGAGAGAUCCAACAGGUUGAGAGGCUCCGCCAGUACUUAGAGGAGGAUCUGAAGAAAGCAACCGAUAGAAAAAAAGAGAUAAAAGGUAGAGCAGCCAGACUUGAUACGUUAGAGGCUGACAAGUCUGCGUUAGAGGGAUUGGACGAAUCAAGUUUGUCUGACCCCCUGAAAGUGUUGAGGGACAACAUGUUGUCACUGCAUGCGCAUGUAGACAGCAGGAUGGACUUCAUGCAAAGCACUUUGGACCAGAUCCUGGAUGCAUUGACAAAGCCAAGAUUCCGGCCACCAGCACAAUCGUCGUUGCCGUUAACGGCGAUGUCAGGUCCCUUUGCCGUACAAAUUGGCACACAACCAAGUGGUACGUCUGCAACAGCCGCACNUCCCUUUGCCGUACAAAUUGGCACACAACCAAGUGGUACGUCUGCAACAGCCGCACAGACUGUUGCAUCUUCUUCUUCGGGUCCAGCGGUGGUUGUUACACCACCGCAACAGACUAGUCCUCCACAAGGACAGCCGCAAGGUCAAUGGUAUCCAAAGACCCCAAUGAAACCGCCUCUUGCCUUCUCAGGCGAGAGAAAGGACGAAGAACUCAACACAUGGUUGAGGACAGUCCCGGUUUGGGUGAAGGCCAAAAGGACCUUGCCUGAGGAUGAAGUGGUAACUGCGGCGUCUUACCUAGAGGGUAAGGCAGCUAAAUGGUUAGAUGGUUUAGUUGUGAAGGCCGGGUAUGGGCGACGCAUGGCGGAUUGGGCUAAGUCAUUGACUUUAGACCAAUUCAUGGAGAUGGUAGAAGCUCGAUGGCAUAACCCCCAGGAGGCUCAAAGGGCCACUGAUGCCAUUAACAAACUUGACCAACGGAAGUUCAGGUCAGUUAGGGAGCUUACGACUACCGUCGAGAGCCCGAUCCUCGUCCCAGGCAUCAACUACAGUGACCAGUUCCUCUUAACCACGUUUGUUAGGUGUCUACCUGAGAACAUGCGGAACUUACUAGCCAGUGAGGCACGCACUGAGUACCACUCAUUUGAGACAUUGUCUAGGAAAGCCUUAGACUUAGAGGCCACGCUAGGCAAUGCUCAACCCACCUCAGGGAAUGACUCAAAGAAGAAGAAGAGUCCUCCGGAGUGGAAGAAGAAGGGGGCGAAGUUGAUGAUGGUUGAGUCUGAUGGGACUCAAACUGAGAUUGAUGAGCUCUCUGACCUGAUGGACUACUCAGAGUAUGACGGCGAGGAGGUAGCUGAGGGUAACACCCUUGCCGCAGUAGUAAAGACUAAGGCAGGUGGCCGAGGGAAGGGCCAACCUAGGAGUCAAGGGAAGGCCGACUCCAAUCAGACCAAACAGUCUGAGUGGGUAAAGGCAGCUCUUGAUCAAGACGUGUGGCGUGACCGCCGAAUGCGUGGCGCUUGCAUCAACUGCGGAGAAUACGGACACACGCAGUAGAAGUGUCAGAACGCUAAGGUUACACAAAAGGUUGCUCCAAAAGUAGGGACAACCUAUUCCCAGGCUUCUAGCUCGGGAAACG